AUGUCGCUAUAUCACGAAGCCGCCGAGUGUUUGACGGUCGCCCAGAAGAAUGGAGGCUCGUUGAAGUCGGUCGUCUUUGGGAAGAAGACAUGGAAGACUGAUGCCCGCACGCUCUUUGCGGUUUGUGCAGAAGCCGCAAAAUGGUCCACCAUCCUUUCAGAAGUGGUCGAGAAGAGCGGGAUACUGAAGCUUGAGAAGAACCUCACUCCAACUUUGGCACUUCUCCUCACCCACGACCUCCUCCUGGCAAAGAAAGGAGUCGCACUACCCGCGACGCAUGGUCUCAAUGCUGCCGUAAGCCGACACAAGGCUCGACUCUCUGCGGAAUUGACAAAGGUGCGAAUCCGACGUCGCUGUGCUACCUUGGACGACCUGCGAGCGCUGGUCAAUGCCGACAGCGUAGAUGAGCCUCAAGCAGGUGCAGAUGGAUCGCAGCCUCUCAGACAUCCCAGGUGGAUUCGAAUCAACACGUUCAAGGCCAAUCUGGAAGAAGAAUUGAAGACCACGUUCUCGAAUUACACCAAAGUCGAAAAGCUCAAUGAGAUCACACAUGCGGCUCCUGGCAAGCGACUACUUUACGUGGACGACCAUGUACCGGAUUUGAUCGCGACUGCCGGUCCUGAUGAUACUUCAAGCCUGCAGUCGUACAAAAAUGGAAAGUUCAUCUACCAAGAGAAAGCUUCAUGUUUCCCAGCCUAUUUGCUCAAUCCAACAUCCGAUGACGGCGACAUCAUUGAUACGUGCGCCGCUCCCGGGAAUAAGACCACGCAUGUGGCGGCAAUACUGUCUAAUACGCUCGAUGCAGUGUCUGAUGGGAAGAAGCGUCGGGUGACGGCCUGCGAGAAGGAUCCCGAGCGAUCGAAGACUCUCGAGAAAAUGGUCAAGCUCGCAGGGGCAAAUAACGUUGUCACCAUCAAAGCGAAGCAAGACUUCCUGCGGAUCGACCCUACCAGGAAAGACGUUUCGAAUGUGACCGCUCUGCUGCUGGAUCCCAGUUGUUCCGGGAGUGGCAUUGUAGGCAGAGACGAAGCCACACUCAAAGUCCACCUCCCAUCAGCAACAGCAGAAGACUCGACAGCCAAAGGCAGGAAGCGCAAGCGAUCGAGCAAACCUGAACCUCCGAAGUUACAGCCCGAAGCGCCGAUUGAGAUCGAGGAAGAGGUCGCCGACGACGAGACUGACGACAAAGCAAAGCUCGAGGCCCGCCUAGAAAAGCUUUCCACCUUUCAGCUGCGGCUGUUACAACACGCCAUGGCAUUUCCAGCAGCACGAAAGAUUUCCUACUCGACAUGUUCCAUCCACUCGGAAGAGAAUGAAAAUGUCGUCGUCAAAGCAUUACUCUCUGAUAUUGCGCAACGGAAAGGUUGGCGGAUCAUGAAGCGUGCCGAUCAAGUUGACGGUAUGCGGAGGUGGCAUCAAAGAGGUCUCCCAGACGCUGUGCGAAGUGCGAUACCUGGAAAGACGAAAGCGAAAUUUGACGUCGACGACGUGGCAGAGGGAUGUAUCAGAUGUGAGAAAGGUGGCGAAGACGGCACGAUGGGCUUCUUUGUUGCUGGAUUUGUGCGAGAUGGAGGCGAAGACAUUGUGAUCGAGACGAAGGCUCGCAAUGGUGACGAUGAGCAAGACAAAGAGGACGAGGACGAGGACGAAGAGUUCAAUGGUUUCAGUGAGGAUGAAACCUAA